UUCAUAUUUCGUCGAAGACGUAACUUAUACAGCUGAAAAUGAUCGGCUGAAAAAUAAAACACAAGCCUUGCAACAGGCCCAAGGCCCGAUGGUAUAUGUCCAGGUGUAAAAUGCGGGCUAACCAAAAUAAAAUUAAUAGAUAAUAGGCUUAAAAAACGGCGAUAUACAUCUUUUGGUUUUAGUCUGACUUUAGUUUUAACAAGGGCUGGUUGGAGUGUUUAGUUCUUGUUCAGAAUUAAAGGGCUGAAAGUUAGGAGGGUAAUAGUGAAAGUGUUUGUGUCAUGUGAAAGAUAUAAUAUAACGAAAUUAUGUACGGGUACACUUCAUAUGAUCAAGAACCUGAUUACUACUGGACUACAGAAGAACGAAAAUAUGAUUUCUACAUCAAAUCAACUGAAAUGAAGAAAAAACAACGACAAGACAGACAUUUUAGCUACAAGCACGUGCCCCAUAGUGAACGACCGCCUCAAGUUGUCGAAAAAAGAAAUGCCAGGGAACGAAGAAGAGUUCAAGCAGUGAACAGCGCUUUUGUCAAAUUGAGAAACGCCAUACCUAUACAAAAUUCCAGGGGCAAAAGAAUAAGCAAGGUUAAAACCCUGUUGCACGCCAUUGAGUAUAUUCGACUAUUGAAUGGACUGUUGCGAGAUUACGGAAAUUACGCCUGCUCUUAUGAAACGGAAAAAUACGAAGGAUACGAGUGUGACAUUGGUGACAGUUGUUGGGACCCGGAACAGGACAUCGUAGAUGAAAUUUUAAGUUAACACGCAAGCAAACAUAAACCGUUUACUUCCGUAUGUAACCAUUCGUACUACAAAGAACGACAUUGUAACUUAAUUAUGACCUAAGUCAAUAAUUUAUUUUUAGCACAUAGAGAUUGUCUUGUUUCUAAAUAAAUAACUUAAAAAUGUGAAGAACGAACCAUUUACAUACACUAUGCAAUAACCAAAAUUUGAUUUUAAAAAAAAAAUUAAGCAAUUUUUUAUAAAAUCUUUUUAGAAAUAGUUUUAAAACAAAUCAGUAAAGCAUCUAAUCACUUUACGUAAGACAAUCACAAGUAUUUUUAUAAAUAUCUUAACAGAGUUUUUUUGUAAUAUUUAAUUACGUUUUUUUUUAUAGGGACAAUAAAAUCUGUUACGCCACUGUUUAAACUAGUCAAAUUAAAAAUCUACCUCUAGUCAGAAGUA